GCCAGUAUCCGACGCUCUGCCACCAUGAACGCCCCGAGCCGCAGCGACGCCUACCUCCUCCCGGACGGCGCGCAAAAGGUCACGUACGAGAAGGACACGCGCAUCAACAACGCCGGUCAGUUCACCAUCCUGCGCGAAGACCACACGAUUGCGAACCUCGUGCGCAUGCAGCUUUUGCGCGACCCGAACGUGACGUUCGCCGGCUACAUGCACCCGCACCCGCUCAUCAACGACAUCAAGGUGCGCAUCCAGACCAACAACCAGAGCUCGCCCAUCGAGGCCCUCGGCAACUGCCUCGACGACCUCUCGACCGAGUUUGAAGAGCUCGCGCAGCGCUUCCGCCGCCUCUCGACCAAGGACCAAGGUGGGUUUAGCUAGACGCGGCGACUUGCAUACUUCCUUUAAUCACGAUGACCGCGCC